GUGCAUUAUAUAUAAUCCAAGUCCGGGAGGAAGCAGGCAUCUAGUUGGUCUUGAAAGACUAGUUCCUAGCUCCAUUUCCAAUUUUCCAUGCCGGCCUUAUUUUCCUCUCAAAAUCCAUGGCCAAGGUUCCUGAGAAAACAAGCCCUCCUUUAAAACCGAAAACCACCACCUCUCUGGGUUGUUUCAGAUACUCUAAGACCAAAACCCUCCGAUCCAAUGACAACGACAACAACAAGAUCAAGAUUCGUCGCAGCUGGUUAUGUUGGUCAGGGUUUCGCUUGAAGAAGGCGGUCGCCACCAAAACGGUUCCCCUCGACAUCUCCACCGUAUCAGAGAAACAAGCAGAACCAAACCCGCACAGGCCGUCGGCGAAGUUGGUCGGGCCGGAGCCGAAGUCAAAGCAUGUUAUGUUUGACAACAAGACUGAAGUUCCACCAGUAACCGACAUCGUGGAGGACCCAGGUGUCUCAAUUCAGAGUCUGAUUGUCUAUGAUAAGACCCCUAAUUCUAAACAAGAACCUCCAGAGAUAGCCUCCAACACGAUCAACCUCGAAAAUAGGACACAGAGUUCAGAUGCUUCCAAGGACUACGCGUGUCUGAAGAAGCGGCUGUCUUUUUGCCGGAAAGUUGACUCUAUAAGAACAGCAGCAGCUGGGGGAGCCGCUGCCGGCAGCAGCCAACCAGGUUCACCGGUUCAGCAGGAGAAUAAGUCAAAAUUAUCGUCGGGGUCCACCCCCAAAACAGUCAUCACCGUGAUCUCUCCGGCGGCAACACCGCUGCUGGUCACUACUCCAAAACGUACAAGACGAGGAGGAGCAAUUCCAUCGUCGGCACGAAAAACGUGGUUGGUGUCAAAUGAGAAGACUAUGACGACGAAGAGAUUGGACCCGCUGGUGGGUAUGACUAUAAUUAUGGUGACUUUGAUUAUUAUGGUAUUAUGGGGCCGAUUGUGCGCCAUUCUCUGCACCGCCGCAUGGUUUUACCUCCUCCCUCGCUUAACUCAGAAUGGUAAUUUCACAACAACAACAAUGUCAUCCUCCACCGCCGGCAAUACAUUUCCUCAUCCUCGUGAUGAUCACUUGGAUUUCAGCUCCGACGAGUACAAGAAGAGGGUGGUCUUGGAGGGAUUCCUCGAAAGGAAUAACCACCGCAGUCAUGCUCAUAUCCUAUGAUACUGUGAAUCCUUCUUUUUUGUUAUUUUGGUGCAUCGAUCGAUCCUUGGUUGGAUUUGCUUGUGUAAGAAUAUUUAAUUAUCAUAUACGUACAACUUGUUAAUUUGGGAUAUUUUUUGUGAAAUUAAUCUUGAUCUGUAUUAGGUGGUC